CAAAAAGGGCACCCGCAAUCUCCCCAUUGUUCACUGGCAUCAUUGUUGGUCUGACCUCCCAGCUGCUCAGCCAUGGCCCCCAAGAAAGCCAAGAAGAGGACGGCAGAGGGAGCCAACUCCAAUGUGUUCUCCAUGUUUGAGCAGGCUCAGAUCCAGGAAUUUAAAGAGGCCUUCACCAUCAUGGACCAGAACAGAGACGGCUUCAUCGACAAGAAUGAUCUGAGGGACACGUUUGCUGCUCUCGGACGUGUCAAUGUGAAACAGGAAGAGAUUGAUGAGAUGCUCAAAGAGGCUCCUGGCCCAAUCAACUUCACCGUCUUCCUCACCAUGUUCGGUGAGAAGCUGAAAGGUGCUGAUCCAGAGGAGACCAUCCUCAACGCGUUCAAAGUCUUUGACCCUGAGGGGAAAGGCGUGCUGAGGAAGGACUAUGUGACACAGAUGUUAACAACACAAGCAGACCGAUUCUCCCCGGAAGAGAUGGUGCAGAUGUUCGCUGCCUUCCCUCCAGAUGUGGCAGGAAACCUAGACUACAAGAACCUGGUUCACAUCAUUACUCACGGAGAGGAAAAGGAUCAGGAGUAAAACCUUUUUGUCAACAUGUUCAUCAAAUAGAAAGUCAGGUUUUUUUUGCCCGUACAUGACUUGAAACUGGCCCACUGCUCUUGAAGGAGAUAUGGACUUUGGUUUUAUAUAUGCAUCUUUAUGUCGGCUGCAUUGUCUCUGUACAGUAGGCUACUCACCCAAGAGCGCAAGAGGAUCCAGACCAAAUGUUCACUUCCAGGCCCCAAAAAAACUGACAAUUUACAUCAACAUAGUGAGCUCCCUUUCUGCUUUAUCCACAAUAUGUUCCCACAUUCAUCUGAGAAUAAUUAAAUUAUUGUCCUCAUCAUUUCGUAUACUCCUCACCGCCUAUAUAUUUUCUUAGAAAAAUAUCCGUUUGUUAGGUCUGUGCAUGUCCGUCUAAUAAAAGUUUUCAAAGACAGAA